CGGAGCCGCCCCCGGGGACACGUCUGUCGCUUCCGCGGCUCGGGCUCGUGCGCGGCCCCAUGCGGCCACUGUGGCUGUGCUGGGCUCUUUGGGCGCUGCCCUUCCCCGGCCCCGGGGCCGCCUUGAGCGGGGAGCAGAUCCGGGGCAGCCUGCUGCGGCAGCUGCACCUCAGCCAGGUGCCCGUCCUAGACGGGGGCGACGCUGACGGGCUGGUCACCCCUGCCCACGUGACAGCCCAGUACGUGGCCCUGUUGCAGCGCAGCCACGGCACCCGCUCUCGAGGGAAGAGGUUCAGCCAGAAAUUCCGAGAGGUGGUGGGCAGGUGGCUGGCGUCGGAGGCCUCCACGCACCUGCUGGUGUUCAGCAUGGAGCGGCGGCUGCCCCCCAACAGCGAGCUGGUGCGGGCCGUGCUGCGCCUCUUCCAGGAGCCGGUGCCCAGGGCCGCGCUCCGCAGGCUCGAGCGGCUGUCCCCGCACAGCGCCCGCGCCCGCGUCACCGUCGAGUGGCUGCACGUCCGCGAGGACAGCUCCAACCGCACCUCCCUGGUGGACUCCAGGCUGGUGUCCCUCCACGACAGCGGCUGGAAGGCCUUCGACGUGACCGAGGCCGUGACCUUCUGGCAGCAGCUGAGCCGGCCUCGGCAGCCCCUGCUCCUGCAGGUGACGGUGCAGACGGAGCACCUGGGCCCGCGGGCCGCGGGCGCCCACAAGCUUGUGCGCUUCGCCUCCCAGGGGCCGGCGGGCGCCAGGCAGGGCGAGCCCCAGCUGGAGCUGCACACGCUGGACCUGGGGGCCUACGGAGCUCAGGGCGAUUGUGACCCCGAGGUGCCUGGGUCGGAGGCCCCCCGCUGCUGCCGCCAGGAGAUGUACAUCGACCUGCAGGGGAUGAAGUGGGCUGAGAACUGGGUCCUGGAGCCCCCCGGCUUCCUGGCCUACGAGUGCGUGGGCGCCUGCCGGCAGCCCCUGCCCUUCAAGUGGCCGCUUCUGGGGCCUCGGCAGUGCAUCGCCUCGGAAACGGCCUCGCUGCCCAUGAUCGUCCGCGUCCGCGUGGAGGAGGAAGGCAGGCCCAGGCCGCAGGUAGUCAGCCUGCCCAACAUGAGGGUGCUGAGCUGUAGCUGCUCCUGGGACGGGGCGCCGGUGCCCUGGAAGCUGGAGCCUUAGGUGUGGGGCGUGGCCACGGGGGGACUUGGCUUUUGUGGGCAUCAGGGGUGUUGUAGGGCAUGGGGAGAGCCGGGGGUUGCUGCUGAUGGGCAAAGGCUCUGUGCCAUCUACUGAGCUCUCUGUCCAUUCAGCUUGCCUCCUAAUUUUUGCUUCCCAGAGUCAAGACUCCCUGGCAACUGGGUAGCCCCCGCCCGUCUUCUCUGUUCAUGUGACAAUAUCCCAAGCACUUACCUCUGUCAAGUCUAUAACGUAAGAGCAGGAAGCCAAAUUGUCAUUGUUUCCUUGAACCGUCACUGGAUCUGGGCUGAGCUCUGUGGAAUGGGCCUUUGGUAGGGUCAAGUAUGGGUUGUGUAUUCCCAACCCAGAUAGGGCAUUUUCUAAUGAACAAAUGAAACAUGUUUUAAUCUGUAUUUCUCUAUUUUACCCAGAACCCCCAGGGAACAGAGAGUUCUAAAGGGAUUAGGUCCACCUGCUUAGAAAGCUAAGGAAGGAGCUAGAGAGGACUCAGUCAAGGUCUCAGUAAUAUAGGAAGCUAGGACUGAAGCCAUUCAGAGUCAAGUGCACUUGUCCUGCUAAAAUCCAAGCAGACAUUUUUUGUCACUGUUGACGUUUUUACCCUCCUGGGCACAGGGAGUGGGCUUUGUUUCAAUUCUACUUGCUACAAAAUAAAAAGUCUGUGAUGAUAAAAAUCAUCAGUACUGUAAGACUGUAGGUCACACCUUUAGCUUUUGGGGCAGAUGAAGGGAGCAAAUGCUGAAAAUGUUGGAUAUGACAUUUUUGAGUGCCUGGAUUACAGGGGCUGAUAAGCUGUGACUUCGAUCCCAGCCUGGCCAUCUUGAAUUCCUAGCCAGUGUGCAGGACUCUUAUUAGCUCUGAAUUCCAUACCCUCCAAACCCCUAUCUCCUUCCCUAUCCAACAGAAUAAUCCCCGACUCCCAUACACUUACUGGAGAUUUAAGGAAAUGGUGUUUUUACCAGCACCCCCCACACGGAUGAUACAUGACAGGGGUUAGGGCCAUCUCAACUUUUACAGGGGUUAUGGCUGUCUCAACUCACAUUCGGACCCUAUUGGCCUUCUCUUGAUUUUGAAAUAAACUUCAUUUACUGAAAAUCAAA